AUGGCUCUGCGCCUCCUCCCGCUGCUGCUCCUGCUGGCUGCUGCCCUCCUCAUUGCCCAGGGCCAAGGCAUUGGCAGCUCAGCCUCGGACUGCUGCCUGAAGAACAGCAAGAACGCCAUCCCCAGCCGCUCGGUGAAGUCCUACAGACUGCAGGGACCCGAGUCGGGAUGUGUGCUGCGUGCUGUCGUGUUUACCACCAAGAGGAAUAAGAAAAUCUGUGCCUCUCCCACCAACCCCACCGUCCAGAAGCUGAUGCAGAACCUCGACAAUAAGGUGAAGAAUGACAAGAAGGACAAGAAGAAGAAGCAUUCCCCCCGUUCCGGGGGCAGACCCAAGGAGCAGAAGACGCAGCAGGUCUAA